AUGACCGCACACCGAUUGAAUAAAUACACUACUAACGAAAUUGAACUAUUGGAGUUUGUUGAUCGAGGGUCUAGCAAAAAUUUCUUUGAAUCACAUAAACUCGCCACGAUAUUGGAGGAGUCGCUACCAUUUAUUACACAAUCAAGCCACUACGGUAUUCCAGACACCCUUGCUUACCUCGUUUUUUUACAACAACACUCUAACGAAAACCGUUUGCAAAUAUCAAAGGAUUGGUUUAAUCAGCGGAGCACAUUAUCGCUUUCAUUACAUGAAAAUAUUAUUAACUGGUUAGAAACUAACGAGUCAUACGUGCUGCCGGAUGGUACUUCAAUUACUACUUUCAAAAUUACAAGCGAUGCACAACAUGAAAUACUGAAGUGCUGCAGUGAAAGAAGUAAGUGGAAGAAGGCAGCAUACCUCUUUGCCGCAGCAAAGAUUCUCCAGCGAGAAAUUUACGUUGUAUUAUUCAACGGUUCAAAUAAAAACGUGCUACACUUUAAACAUCAAUCACACGACAACCCCAAUCCGUGCAGUCCAUUCAUUAUUGGCUUACAGAGUAAUGGUAUAUUUUUACCUUUGUUGGAAAAAAAUAAUAAGAUUAGAUCGUUGGGCGCAUUAGUGACUGAUCAUGUUCGACAGCUACAUGGAGCCUCACAAACAGUAAACAACUCAAACAUUCUUUUAACGUCUACAACGAUUGAUAACGAAUUAUAUCAAAUUACUGAAGCACAUAUCGAAUCAGUGGAUUACAAUGCAACUCGCAUAGAUGUAAAAUUAAUAUGGCUUCAUAGCACAGCACCACAUCUUAUACAAAAAACACUGAAGACUGUUGAAUUGUUGGAUUGGGAUAUUGCAAACAAAUAUAACAACUCUGUGACAAAGAAAGCCAAAGAAUGUAUAAAAUUACUGCUCGAUAAUGUAUAUCAACCACUACAGAAUCAGGCUAAAGCUCUAUUAGUUGAGACACAAGAUCACUUGAUAGAGAUUUCAGCUCGCAGAGAUAAACUAGAGCAGGAUCAAGGGGCUCAAGAUUAUUAUGAAGAAUAUAUGAGACAUGACAGUGAUAUAGAUGAGAGUGAAGAUACUGGUGAAUUGGUGAAUGACGAUCAGUCAGAUGAUAGUGAUGAUCAGCCCAAACCUGGUAACUCAUAUUCUUUGGACACGCUCGAGGAUGAUGAGAAGUCAGUUACCGAGACCAAGCAUGGUAUUAAAAGUGUUAUUAAAGAUUUUGGUCGUGCCAUAAAGGAUCAGCGUUUGUUACCAUCGACAGAUCUAGAUGAUCUUUGUGAAUCGAUAGACGAGGCGAGUAACAAAGUUAGUGAACAUGACAAUAGAAUACGUAAAUAUCCAGAUGAUGAUGAUGAUGAUGAUCAAUUCGCCAAGGGGUCUCCUGCGAACAGCGAACAUGAGAUAGAUACCAUCACAGAACGAAAUUUCAUUUCACUUGAUUCGAUACUUGAAACAGAGAAUAUUGUAAAAAUCAUCGAAAAAAAUAUUGACGAAACCAAUAAAAAAUUGGCACAGUACGAAAGUUAUAUGGCAGAUAACAAAAACGACCUAAUCAACAAGGAACACAGAAAGAUGGUUUUAAUAAUUAACAAAUAUGUCUUACAAUAUGGACAUACUAAACGGUGCCCAUCGUUGUAUUUCAUUUACGCGGGUUUCGAACUAUUGUAUAUUGGAUUAACUACCACCAUGGUUUCGCGAUUUUCUUCUGGUCAUUCAGCAUUCACAAAACUGCUUAAUCCAAUUUAUUGCCAUCAACCAUUCAGAAUAUGUUUUUUUGCUCUUGAUAUCAAUGGUAUAGCAAUCGAAAGCUCAGAUUCAUCGACUUCUCCGAAUAUGAUUCAAAGUACCAUUGCAUCCAACUCCAAGAAACGUCCAAAAACAAAUGAAGAACAGCUUCUUAUUUGUAUUGAGCAAUUACUGAUUAAUCAUUUCAAACCGAAAUUGAAUACACAAGGAAUUCAUAAUCUGCACGGUGAAAAAAAUUUCACAGAUUUCAUCCAGCGAAUCCGUAUUCAAAUUCCUCUUAUUUUCUUAUCACCUUAUCCUGAAUUCAUUAAAAAUGGCAUCCAAGACAUUAUUACCAUAGAAAGAAAAUAA